AUGUCGUCCUCCCAGCUUCCUCUGCUCAAUUUUCUCUCGUCUACACCAGACUCACAAUGGUCGCAGGCGAAUGAAUCGCUUAUAUUGGAACCAUUUACAUAUAUCGCCUCCAAUCCUGGCAAGGGGGUCCGCACACUUCUCCUUGAGGCUCUCAACAUCUGGCUUGCAGUCCCGAGCGACCAGCUUAAGAUCAUACACCACAUCGUUCAAAUGCUGCAUAAUGCAAGCUUGAUGAUCGAUGACAUAGAAGAUGAUGCGCAUCUGCGGAGGGGACGGCCUGCGACGCACAAAAUAUACGGCAUCCCGCAAACCAUUAAUACUGCCAAUUACAUAUAUUUCUUGGCGUAUAAGGAGCUCGCGAAGUUGAGAAGACAGUGUGAAGAUGGGGAGGAGGCGAGGUUGGUAGACCUUAGGGAUUUAGAUUCGAUAGUUACGGAGGAGCUUUUGAACUUACACCGUGGGCAGGGGUUGGAGAUCUUGUGGCGGGAUUUGUUGCAGUGCCCAACGAUGGAAGAGUAUACUUCCAUGGUCAACAACAAAACUGGCGGUGGUUUUAGGAUGCCUGUCAAGUUGAUGAUGGCACUCGCAACGAAGAAUCUCGACAUCGAUUUUGUCCCUCUGACGAAUAUCAUUGGGGUGUACUUCCAGAUUCGGGAUGAUUACAUGAACUUGCAAAGUGCAGAGACAAAAGAACUAAAAGGUGUUAUCCAGUACAGUGACAAUAAGGGCUUUGCAGAAGACCUCACAGAAGGCAAAUUCUCCUUCCCAAUUGUCCACGGAGUUCGUGCGGAUGACGGAAACAACAUUGUGACGAGCGUGCUACAAAAACGUCCUACCACACCAACUUUGAAGCACCAUGUCAUUGACUACCUGCGGACGAAGACAAAGUCAUUUGAUUACACGCUCACGGUGAUCCGAAGCUUGGAGCAGCAGGCCCGGGAGGAGGUUGCGCGGCUUGGCGGGAAUCCCCAGCUUGAGAUGAUCCUUGAUAUCCUCCAUGUGUAA